UUCAUAAACGCAGGGGUGCAAUCGGUCGUUGACCGGAUAUCAAAAUUAUGUUUAUUGCAUUACUCAAAUACCGUGCAAAUAAUCGAAAACUGUCAACUGAAAAACGCUUUUUCAAAAACAAUUAAUUUUGAAGUUCCAGAUUUUGCUUUAUACAAAAUUCAGUGGAAGUUAUUUUAGCUUAAAAGUUGAUGUGAAUCGCCACCCGGCACGUGGCGCUAGUUGUUUCCUCAAGCGCAAGACCUCGAAGUGUUUUGUUCUCGACAGCAGGCGUCUCGAAGCCACAUUCUCGUAACUCGUGACAUUUAAUCAUCUUCUUUUAUUAAAUUUUAUUUAACACGGAGAGCGUGACCAAGAGCCAUUCGAUUGAAAGUUGAAAUAAAAGGAAAAAAUAUGACAGAACCCUCCAUGACAUGCUGUCUCUUGGAUUUGUAAAGCUUCGAGCUCGGACUCGCAGUGCCAAAAGCUUCAAUAUACUUUUUAUUUGACGAGAGUAAUAUUUCGAGUUUCUUUUUUCGCUUACUUUUUAUUCGAUUAUGAAUACGAGACGCAAGAGACACAGGAAAUCGGCAACUGGAUCGUACAGUUCGGUGGUUAUAAAAAAUGAAAAUGACGCGGGACAGGAACAAAAUGAACGAUUUAGAAACGAGUACAAACUCGAAAACCUUCCACCUGAAGUUUUGGAAAUGAUUUUUCGGUUGGUGCCACUUGCAGAUGUCUCCACCUCGAUUCGACUGGUGUCCAGACGAUUUUCGACGAUCGGGACGGCAGUUUUGAACGGCGCUUUUCUCGCAGCGGGCACACGAUUAGAUGCAAUAAUGAAUUAUAUUGAGUCAACAAAACUAUCCAAAGCCACAACAGAUUUGGAUUUAUUUAUGUGGACUCGAGCGUUCAACGUUCUCGAACUUAUAAAGGUUCAGUACAAAAUGCUCAAAGCAGUUACAUGGAGAUACACUCAUCCACCGAAACCCACGAAUUUCAAUCGGCUUUCCGUCUAUGCUGGAAGUUUGCUCGACGAGCUCAACGUAAUUCUCGAUUUGGCUCGUAAUAAUCCACGUGCUUUGUCCUCUUUUUCGUCUCCGGCCUCGCGUAACGAUCGAGGUGAAGAACUACCGUUGAGCUACGAAGAGGUUAUCACCAGUCCUGUCUCCUCUCCGCGUGUAGUUUCUUUCGUAGCGCUCUGCAAGCGCUUUAUGAAUUAUUUCGAGAAGGUUUCCGAGUGCAAAGUGAACAGAUCUGCUUUGGUGUCGGGUUGCAAAGCUAUCGACGUGCUGGAUUGUCUCGCCGUUGGACGGGAAGUGACGGCUUUUCGAGUGUCAUCAGGACGAGUGAGAAGUUCACGCUCGUUGGGCGAAUCGAGCACCGUAUCGAAUGGCGAGAAAACAAGAUCGAGUAGAGUCCACAGUCGUCCGAUCGUGACGAUGGGGCUCCGGUACGUGCUGCGACGAGCUUGGUUCACUUGUCUCCAAGUGCCUUCCGCGCCGGACGAGAAUUCGUGGCGAGAAGAUCAGAGAUUCAUGUACCUGCGUCUCCGGCGUCUCGUCGGCAGCGUCAACGAACAUUAUUUCGAAAAGGCUCACUUCGAGAGAGAUUUGCUCUUGCGCACAAGCAGCGUCGUCGCAAUUGGCGAUGAGAGGAGACGAGCCCUCCGUCUCGGCGGACCCCAUCCACCGAGACCACCACCAGCCUCCACCUAUUCUGGCUACGGUGUUUACGCCGGCCGUUUCUUCUAUUACGGAAAUAUGAACAAAUACGCUUAUGAAAGCAAAUUCAAAGACGUCGGAGGCGAAGUCUCGUCUUCCGACGAGUCUGGACAAGACGACGAACCUGUUGAUGCCGACGACGACGGUGACGAGGAUACAGAGAAUCGAAACGUCGCAGCGGCGUCCAAACGAGGUCCUCCAGCCUUUGAUCUCGUCAUAAAAGUCGAAUUACGUUGCUCGAGCGAUUUGGCACCUCUGGCAGUGAUUUCGAGUCUGCGUACCAACGAACUCGACGACCAAGAGUCAUUUUCCACAGGAUCCGAGAGCGAUACCCUCAAUCACCGAAAUUUACGAUCGAUGCAGAAAACGACGAAUCAGUACGAAGAAAACUCUGAAGUUUACUUUAAGAUGAGCAUAACGUGUCCGGCGUCAGCGGCAAAUCGUCUGCCAGGAAGCUUCACGUGGGAGCAGCGUGGACCGGUUCAUUCGCGUCGAAAACGAUCGAGUCAACAUCAGCGAUUUUCCAAUUGAUAUUAUCAUUAUGUUAAUUAUUAUUAACCCGGAUGAUUUAUUUCCAUUAGUUUUUUAAUCAAUAUUUCAUAUAACUAAAACCAAAUCGAGUUUGAUACGAGA